CUGUCAAGACCCACAAAGAAGAGACACCUCACCUGCAAGAACCAUGAGAUCUGCUGCUUUCAUCCUGCUGGCCUGCCUGCUGCUUGUAGAUGUUAGAGGCAUGGCGAUAUCUUCCAGGGGUCGGUGCCUUUGCAUGGAUGCUGGUGUGAACUUCAUUAAACCCAAACUGAUUAAGAAGGUAGAGGCCAUGUAUCCCAGCCCAUCCUGCCAGAACCUGGAGAUCAUUGUUACCUUGAAAGGAAGUGGAGAAAAGAAGUGCUUGAAUCCAGCCUCACGGUUUGCCAAGAACUUCAUCAAGGAUGCACAAAAGUAAAAGAGGACCCAGAAGUUACAUUUUGGACUCGUCCUUUCACGGCAACCAUGAGCAGGUUCUGCUGUGAGAAGAUGCACCUGUUUGUAACCAUUAUGUGUUCCACAUGGAAUUCAGAAACUGUGAUAAUAUUUACAAUUAAUGCACUGAAAUACACAUAUUGGAAAAUGGAAACGCACUCAA